GGACAGUCGCUCGCGAGGCGUGGCAGCGGUGAGGCGUGACAGAGCACAAGACUCCGUGUUUUCUUCUCUGCAGCAGUGCACGAGUGCGCUCGCACAGCAGGUUGUUCAACAGUGCGCACAUUUUAUGAAUUUAUUUGGAGGGAAAAUAUCUUUACUUGGCUCAGUACUUGCGUCCUUUCAUUAUGGCCUGCAGAAGCAUCAUCUUUUCCAUCUACAUUUUUGUGACAGUAGCCACAGCUAUUAACUUCAGUGACCAAAAUUCGUUCGAAGGAUCUGAUCCUGAAGUCACGGUCCAUCGUUUCAAAACCGGUAAUCCAGAUUCUUCUACAGUGGAACGAGGUCAGGAGGUCAACGAGACCACAGCUGUGCUCCUACAGACGCCGUCAGAAAUUAUGAACCUCUCUCAAGAGGAGAAGAACAGAAGACUGAUCCAGGCGGCUAAGGAGGGGGCAGUUGGGGACCUGCAGGCGCUACUCGCGUCGGGGGCGGAUGUGAGGGCGAGGGACAGCGACUUGGAGUGGACCGCGCUGCACUGGGCUGCCUUCUGGGGACGCGUGGAGGCUGUGAGGUGCCUGGUUGGGGCCGGGGCGGAGGUGAACGCGAGGAACGACUACGAGGCUACCCCUCUGCACUUCGCUGCAGGAAGCGAUCGCGUAGCUGUGGUGCGGCUGCUGGCGGCGUCUUCUGCCGACCCCAACGCUAAGGACGACGAAGAGCAGACGCCGCUGCACUGGGCGGCGGAGCGUGGCUACGCAGACACGGUGAGGGCGCUGCUGGAGGCGGGGGCCGACGUGGAGGCCAGGGACGUCCGCGGGAGCAGCGCACUGGACCUCGCCAGGGCGAACGGCCACCAGCAGCUGGUAGACAUCCUAAGAUCUAGCUAGAGAAACAGAAAUAAAGCUUCCAACGGGAAUUUUUGAGAUAAUUUAUUCUGCAACCACUUUGUGUACCCCCCACUGAAUAGCAUGUAGAACAGCUUCAGUAACAUUACAACAAUAGCAACAGACAGAGAUAUCUACAAACUAAUGUAAGCAACAGGAACUUUCUUUUGUGUAGUCAACAGAUCUCUAAAAGCAUUCAAUUACUAAUAAACAGCAGUUCCUACAUAUUUUACUGCAAAAUACUCGGUAGUUGCAUUCUGGUGCAGUGUGAAACUACCACAUGCACAUUAUCGUCUUAUAAGCUUUACUGUUAGACUGUAUCUUUCAUUAAUAUCUAAAACUGAACUUACUUCUGCAUGCAGAGAGUGCAAUAAUUUGUGAUUGUGGUUACUAUCUGGAAUUAUUAGCAAUGCCCACAGCGCAUUACUACCGAAUGCAGCCUCAGUUUAGUACAGAUGGCUACAGUGUUUAAUUUCAAUGUAAGACUGGCAGCAAUAUUACCACCUUGUUCUCGCAUUGUCACCUGGAACCAUAUUGUCAGUUUAAUUGUAAGUAAGAGUAAUGUUACAACAGCUUCAAAUACUAUGAUCCACAAUGCUGAAGUUAUAAUACGUACAUAUUACCUUGUAUCAGGUGACAUAAGUCUUCACUCUGUCUACUUUUCCUUCCUGCCACAUGUGACUCUACACGUAAACCUCCUCCGAAGUAAUUAGAACUGAUGGCUCCCGUGGUACUUAAAAUAAACGGCUAUGCACAGAGAAAGAACUUUUCAGUUUGUCAAAAUGAAUAAUAAAGCGUUAUGAUCAGCAGUUUCAGUCGACAAAGAGGCUGCUGACAACCAGUUACUACUACCUCAUAAGCAGUGAUAGAAUGGCUAUGUAAUUUAAUCUUAUAAUAGAAAAUUCGGGUCCAAAAUUCCGAGCUAGUCAACCAUUCUCUGCAAAGAAGUGUGUGCCCUCUUUUCAUUUUGUUUACAGCGAAACAGUUAAAAAAAAUGGUUCAAAUGGCUCUGAGCACUAUGGGACUCAACUGCUGUGGUCAUUAGUCCCCUAGAACUUAGAACUACUUAAACCUAACUAACCUAAGGACAUCACACACAUCCAUGCCCGAGGCAGGAUUCGAACCUGCGACCGUAGCAGUCGCACGGUUCCGGACUGCGCGCCUAGAACCGCGAGACCACCGCGGCCGGCGAAACAGUUAAAGCUGAACCUUAAUCAGUAAUACAGCCAGAAGCAAAAGACAGCACAUCCAAAACAUAACAUUUCUAUCUUCAUUAUAUUGUCAUGUCUACUUUUCAUCGUCAAACAACAACCAUCGAAGGAUUUGAGGUUUCAUUUCAAGCAGGAGACAGAUUGUCAAUAUGAUCACAGUAAGAGAACAACAUGGGUUCCAUAACACUGUACACAAACUGUUGCACAUAUCAGGGACAAUCAUACAGGCUUUCAAAUAAAAAGAUAAUUCGAAGCUGUUUUGAUGUAGAAAACUCUGCUUUUGUGUGCACAAUGCAGAUUUAAUAUGUUACUAGUAUAGCUAAUACAUAUUUGAGAUGUAUUUUUGUACUUACUGAAUGAAUGCUUCUAACAGAAGAAUUCCUCCAUACUAACUGACAUGAUCUUCAAAACAUUCAUAGUGUGAAAUCAAAUUCCGUUUUCUCAGAUGACACUCUCAAUACAAAGGACCAAGUCUAUCAAAGAGAUGUAAUAUUGUUUGACCUGAAUAAACCAUUUGACAACGUACAACAUUUAGAAGUAUUAACUAAAUAAUUGAUGAGGCAAUCAUUCACAACUGAGGAAUAUAUUAAUGGAGCAAAAUCAGAUGAAGUUUUAAAUAACUUUUUUAUUUCACAAUUGGAUUUGGAUGCCUACAGCCCCAUCUUCAGGUGAACCCAAAUCACUCAAGAAGUCAUAAAUGAGUGGUGAUCGGGUCAGCCAACAGGUAUCAAAGCCACACUGAGCAACACGUGUGUGUAGGAGCAUCGGUGUGCGGGCCAUCUCGACAGAUGAGAACAAAGUCGAUGCGGGUGCCCUGGUUGCCGUUCCUAUGCUUCCAUAUAUUGUCAACAUGGGUUUGGUCCCUUGUGGGUGCCUGGCUCCACUACCACACAUUUAUUAUUUCUUAAUUAUUUAGCACCAUCUGAAGACAGAGCUUUAGACUUUCAAGACCGAUGGUCAAACAAAAAAAUAAUUACUUACAAAGUAAGCAGAUUUUUAUUCCAUUAAUACUUACUAACUGAAGUAAUCUCGUAUAGGGUACCAUACAAAAUUAUCACUGUACAAAAGUUCUCUUGAUAGGGAGGAAGCAGCAUCUUACUUUGGAUGGUGAUUCAUCAAAAGGUAUUGAAGUAACUACCGCUAUAAUGAGUAGCUCAGAAAACAGUCAGAGAUGAAGAGAACGAAAAACAUUGAUACAAGAAGGCAAUUGCGGAGAAACUAUGGGUAACAGAAGCAAUACGUCAGUUGAUCGACGAAAGAAGGAAGUACAAAAAUCUUCAGGGAAAUUCAGUAGUACAGCAAUACAAACGAAAUAAAUGGGAGGUGCAGGAAAGCUAAGGUGGAGUGACUGCAUUGAAAAGUAAGAAAAAAACGGAAAAGAUAUGAUUAUUGGAAAAACUGUCACCCCAGACAGAAAUGUCAAAACAAUAGUGUUUGAAAUUAAAACGAAUUCCACUGUUAAAUGAAAAAGAGAGAGAGGAUAGCUGAACGGAGUACAUAAAAACGUCUGUGAGAAGGAGCACUUGUUUGACGUGACGGAAGAAGAAACAGGAGUCGACAAGGGGAUAUGGGAUCCAGUAUUAAAAGAGUAUUCACAAGAGCCUUGGACGACUUAGGAGCAAAUAAAGCAGAAGGGAUGGAUAAUAUCUGAAAACCUUUGGUAGAAGUGGCAACAAAACGACUGUUGAAUAUAUGAGACUGGAGAUACACCAUCAGACAUCUUGCAUCACUUGACACUGUCCAACACUUUUUCCAGGUCGACAAAUCCUAUGAACUUGUCUUAUUUCCAUUAUCAACCACGAUGUCGUAACUGCCUGUCUAGUGCCUUUACCUCUCCUGAACUCAAAAUUAUCGUCAUCUAAUAGAUCCUCAGUUGUUUUCUCCACUCUUGCGUAUAUUACUAUUUUGAGAAAGUUGAAUGCACGACAUGUUAAGCUGACAAUACGGUAAUGCUCGCAAUAGUCGGCGCUUGGUAUCUUCAGAAUUGUUUGGAUGCCGUUUUCCGAAGGUCUGAAACAGUAACACUCUUGUUAGACAUUCUGUUAGUAAUAAUCAUUUAUUUGAUCAUGAGCGAAAUUAGAGCAUUUUAUUUCCUAUAAUCUCAUGCAAUUCAUUAUCGCCUCACCUGUAUGAUUGUCCCUGAUAUGUGCAACAGUUUGUGUGCAGUGUUAUGGAACCCAUGUUGUUCUCUUACUGUGAUCAUAUUGACAAUCUGUCUCCUGCUUGAAAUGAAACCUCAAAUCCUUCGAUGGUUGUUGUUUAACGAUGAAAAGUAGACAUGACAAUAUAAUGAAGAUACAAAUGUUAUGUUUUGGAGGUGCUGUCUUUUGCUUCUGGCUGUAUUACUGAUUAAGGUUCAGCUUUAACUGUUUCGCUGUAAACAAAAUGAAAAGAGGGCACACACUUCUUUGCAGAGAAUGGUUGACUAGCUCGGAAUUUUGGACCCGAAUUUUCUAUUAUAAGAUUAAAUUACAUAGCCAUUCUAUCACUGCUUAUGAGGUAGUAGUAACUGGUUGUCAGCAGCCUGUUACUGCUUCCAUAUAAUAUGGAGUAGUUAAGAUAUCAACAAUUCAAUUAAUUUCGUUAAUUAAUUAAUCCAAUUGUGAAAUAAAAAAGCUGUAGGGAAAGAUGAGAUUAAAUUAUAUGUACAAGAAGGAAAAGGAAACAACAAGACUGGAACACCAAGAAUGAAGUGCUCGGAUUAAAAAAGUUAUUUAAAACUUCA